AUGUCAAUGUCUUCGUUUAUGUGUUCUGUGAAUGAUGCCGUGUAUGGUAGUGAUGAAUUUCCACCGACAAUUUCUGUUUCAUGGAUCAAUGUGAAUGAUAAUGACUUACCAUGGAAAUAUACACCACCAAGUAGAAAUAGUUUUAGUAAUGGUAUUCGACGAUCAUCAUCAUUUUUCCGUAGUUUUAAUCAAAAUGAAUUAAAUCAUUUACCAUAUCUAACAACUGAUCCCUAUUUGGAACCUGUUUCGUUGAAACGAAGACAACAACAAGAAAAACAACCGGGAAAUUUGAUCAAUACAAUGAAAAUCAAUCUCAUUGAUCAUUAUGAUGAUAUGGAUCUGGAUACAGCAGUGAAUGAAAAUGAAUGUGAUCAACAUCUUGCAUUCCACAGUGGAACAAGUUCAGCGAUUAGUUCAUUAGUAUUCGCUGAUGAUGAUGGUAUUUCUAAAGUGUCAGAACAUUCAAUAAAUAAUCGAAAAUCGGAUCAACAUAGUUCAUUACACUGGAUCACAUCGCAAACUGUAUUAUCAAAUGAAACUAAUCCAAUGAAUAAUAAUAAUAAUUCUAUAAUAGAUGUUACGACGGUUAUUACCAAUAUUUGCACUAAUACUACUACUACUAAUAAUAAUAGUAAGAGAAAUUUUGGUUCAAUCGAUUCAUUAUGUGAAACAGUGGAUUUGCCUAGAACUAAUUUACCGACCCCAAUGUUAACAACGACAACAAUGGAAUAUGGUGCUGCCUUUGACCAGUUUAUUGAAGGCACAAAAGUUUGCAAAUCUCUAGCCAUCUUCGUUCAUUUUCCCCCUAGUCCAUGUCGCCGGAUGAUACAGAGCUUUGCAACUGGCCAGUUUAUACUGCUGUAUUUAAUCAUCGUAUUAAUUUAUAAAUUCUUCGACUGCCAUGACAUUUGCAAAAUACGUGAAAAAGUAAUUUCUGAAAAUAAUACAUAUAGAUAUUCUCAUCACUAUUAUUAUUCCCAGACAAUCCGGUCUAAUCAACCUCUUCCAAUUAUUAAAGGCAGCUUUGAAAGGUUGUUUUAUGAAAAAGAAAUUAAUGCACCAUUCCCGUUUACGUUUUACGGCACUACGGUCAACAGAUUCAUAAUUGACAUUUCUGGUACAAUUUAUAUGUUCGGUGGACAGUACUUAGGAGGAAUCAAGCAUUAUUUUGAUAGCAGUUUUUAUUCGAUAUCUGAAUUUUCGUCUACUGGGGAAUUAUUAGCCGUCAGAAUGUUUUAUUAUCAAGAAGCUGGUGAUGAACUUCCUGCAUUCAGUAUAACUACUGCGAUAAUUUGGAAUGGGAAUAUAAUAUUCCAUUAUGAGAACGUUCCUACGGUAAUUGGUGAAAACCAAAGGUUAUCGAGGAUUGCGGCUAAUACUGAUUGCCCAGAAGAUGAGGAAGGAAAUGCAAUAGAUGUUCCUGGAAAAUGGAUCCAAAGUGGAACGUUAGUGGAGUUUGAAGCUCUCGGUGAUUGUCCAAAACACGUUUCGAGUGAAGCAUGUCACGGCGCAACAAUACCAGAUACAACGUGCAUUUGGUGUGAAACAGCCAAUAUGUGCAUCACCAGCAAUGAUAAGGAUCUUCAUGAAUUCAAAGUAAAUGGUUGCAAGAAUAAAAGCUCGACUGUCAACGUUGCUACUGAACCAACAACUCUAGCAACUACUGAAACUGAUUUGAAGAAGACUAGUGGAAGCAUUGAAUCACAUUUGAACAUGACUACAGAUACAACAACUCCUGCAACUACUGAAACUGAUCUAAGAAAUGAAUUGAAGAAGACUAGUCCAAGUACUGAAUCACAUUUGAACAUGACCACAUAUACAGCUGAACACAUGGAGGAAACAAAAACACUGCAAUAUGUGUACAUCGUUGUACCAUUAGUUAUAUCUUUCCUUAUUGUGUGCAUUGGCUGUAGCAUUUGGCUAUGGUUCUACAGAAGGAACAGAGUUCAUCCAUAG